UUCAAAAAAAGAAACACGGCCAGCUCACGGGCUUCAGCUAGCAACAGUCGCCUUUGACCUUCGUAAUUGGAGUGCCAUGGCUUCGCCGCCGCUCUACCUGCUGCUCCUCCCUCUCCUGGCCAUCAUCCCAUUCCUCUUCCUCAACCGCCGCCGCAGGAGCCGCGCGGCCGUCCGUCUCCGCCUGCCUCCUUCUCCAUGGGCGCUCCCGGUGCUCGGCCAUCUCCACCACCUCGCCCGGGACCAGCCGCACCGCGCCAUGCGCGACCUCGCGCGGCGCCACGGCCCGCUCCUGCUGCUCCGCCUCGGCGGGCUCCCCGUCGUCGUCGCCUCCUCCGCCGACGCCGCGCGCGAGGUCAUGGUGUCCCGCGACGUCGACUUCGCCACCCGCCACAUGAGCCGCAUGGUGCGCCUGUCCAUCGCCCAGGGCGCCGAGGGGAUCAUAUUCGCGCCGUACGGCGACGAGUGGCGCCAGAUGCGCAAGAUCUGCACCGUCGAGCUGCUCAGCGCCCGGCGCGUGCGAUCCUUCCGCCCCGUCCGCGAGGAGGAGGCCGGCCGGCUGCUCCGUGCCGUCGCGGCGUCUCCGGGGACGGCGGUGAACCUCAGCGAGCUCCUGUGGGCGUACGCUGCCGACUCGUCGGUGCGCGCCAUCGUCGGGAGCAGGUUCAAGGACCGGGACGCGUUCAUGGAGAUCCUGCAGCGCGGGCUCAAGCUGUUCGCCGGGAUGAGCUUGCCGGACCUCUACCCGUCGUCGCGCCUCGCCAUGCUCGUCAGCCGGACGCCGGGCCGGAUGAGGCAGCACCGCCAGCAAAUCGCCGCGUUCAUGGACGCCGUCGUCCGGGAGCACCAGGAGAACCGAGCGGCCGCCGGCGAGGAGGAGGACCUGCUCGACGUGCUCCUUAGGAUCCAGCACGAAGGCGGCCUGCAGUUCCCUCUGACAACUGCCAACAUCAAGUCGGCCGUCGGCGACAUGUUCGCCGGGGGCAGCGAGACGGCUGCAACCACGCUGCAGUGGACCAUGUCGGAGCUGGUGAGGAACCCGAGGGUGAUGCGGAAGGCGCAGGACGAGGUGCGGCGAGCGGUGGCCGGACAGCCCAGGGUGACCGAGGCUUCCAUCGCCGACCUGAGCUACAUGCACAUGGUGAUCAAGGAGGCGCUCCGUCUGCACCCGCCGGCGCCGCUGCUGCUGCCGCGGGAGUGCCGCAGCGACGGCUGCCGGGUCCUAGGCUUGGACGUGCCCAAGGGGACCAUGGUGCUCGUCAACGCCUGGGCCAUCAGUAGGGAUCCAGCCUACUGGGGUGCCGACGCCGAGGAGUUCGUGCCGGAGAGGUUCGAGCGCGGCGAGGCCGUCGACUUCAAGGGGUCGGACAUGGAGUACACGCCGUUCGGGGCGGGCCGGCGGAUGUGCCCGGGGAUGGCGUUCGGGCUGGCCAACUUGGAGCUCGCGCUCGCCGGGCUGCUCUACCAUUUCGACUGGGAGGUGCACGGCGGGGUGGACCUCGACAUGACGGAGGAGAUGGGCGUCACCGUGCGCCGGCGCCAUGACCUGAAACUUGUUCCCGUGGUCAGAAUGCCCGUACCACUAGACUAGCAGUAGGCAGACUAGUUAUUAGUGGAAAAUAUCGGAUUUGCUAGCACGCUUGCUUUUAUCUUUGACCUUCUAGACAUGUUUUAAGCAUUUUUUUUCAUACGACUGACUAUAAAUAGUUUUUCAAGUAUUUAGAUUCAGACCUUGUAAAUUAUAUAAUUGGAUUCGUUGGAAAAAAAGUGUAUUUGUAGUACAAGAGUUUUCUUGU